GUUCAAGUUGUGAGGUGGCCAUGAACUCCCAGAAGUUCUGUCUGAAGUGGGACAGCUUCCAGGGCACAGUGACAUCGCUAUUUGACCAGUUGCGUCAUGACGGCGAGCUGGUGGAUGUUACGCUGUGCUGUGAGGGCCAACGGGUGCGCGCCCAUCGGAUGAUGCUGUCUGCAUGCAGCCCCUACUUCCGACAGCUAAUCCAGGAGAACCCGUGCCAGCAGCUGGUGUUUUUCCUAAAGGACACGUCUGCAGACGACCUGCGCGCCAUCAUAGAGUUUAUGUACAAGGGCAGUGUGAAUGUGGCGCAAAGUCAGCUGGCCAGCUUCAUAAAGACGGCAGAGCUGCUUCAGAUCAGAGGGCUUAGCGGCGAGGAGGACAAGCCGUCCGCCCCGGCGGCGCCGGCGGCCCUGCCCUCGCCGGCGGCCAAGCGGCGGCGCUUGUCGGACCACGAUCCGCCGCGGCCGCCGUCGGCUCCGGCGCCGUCGCCGGGCCGGCGCCCGUCGCAGUCGCCCAGCCUGACCUCGCCGUCGGAGCACUCUGCGCCUCCGUCGCCGGCUCCGCGGCCGCCGCCGCCGCCUCCCGCCGCCGCCGCCGCUCCGGUCAAGGUGGAGAAGACGGACCCCAUCGAGGAGGACGGCGCGACGCUGGACGACACGCUCGGAUACGUGGCAGAGUUCGAGGGAGGCGACUACCCGGCCCGGCCGCCGCUCGACGCCAUCGCCUUCGGACAGAUGGCCGGCACAAUGAUCGCUCCGCCGGGACCCUCGCAGAGGCUAUCGGAGGACGGCUCUUCACAAGAGGACGACCGCCGCUACAGUUGUGACGUGUGCGGCCGCAGCUACCGCAGUGCCACCGCGCUCGGCGACCACAAGCACAAGCACACGGGCCUGACGGUGUGUCCGCUGUGCCGGCGCGCCAGCAGCAACGUGCCCAACCUGCGCACCCACCUGCGCUCUGUGCACGGACUGAGCCGGGAGCAGAUCUACAGCAUCAUCCCGCCGCGGCAGGGCGAGGCCGGGCCGCCGGCCGCCGCCAGACAGCCCUCCGCUGCUGCGGGACCGCCCUCCGCCGGCAGACCGCCCUCCGCUGCCGCCGGCCUCCGCGGGCCGGCGCCACUCGGCGGCGGGGUGGGGUUCGUGCAGUGAGCCGAGCCCGCUCUGUGACGCCGCUCGGAACGGAGCGAGGCGUAAACUCAUAGUUAUGUGAACUGGCAUGACCUCAUGGAAGUGGCCUUGAUUCGGCUGGUGCGCGCAGUUUAUGUCUCAGUCUGUGUUUCUUCUUUGUGAGAGAUCAGGUGCUUUUUAAUACUCGUUAUUCUGCUAGCUAACUAGUGCCAUUGAAGUAGAAAACCCAUUUGUGUUGUGAGACUGUUUCGUAUUGUUCCGUUGCGCUUUCUCAGGUAGCUAAAGUCUUUAAGCUAUUUACUUUAAGUGUGUAUGAUUUUAAUACUUUCAACAUUUUGUCAUCGUACUUUAUUUGUGACAAAUUGUGUCUU